AUGCUAUCCCGUUCGCUGGAUUUUAUGAAAAAUAUUGUUGGAAAUCUUAAACCAGAUGAUAUUGUCUUCCAUAAACCUGGAAAUCAUUAUUACAUUUCAUUGUUAAGAGAAGACAAAGUUGAAAGUUGUCAUCAUUUAGUACACCCCGAUUUACCAAAAUUGACUUUAAUGUCUCGAAUGUCUCAUUCCUAUUGUAUACAUCAGUUGCUUGAAAAGUGGCACUCAGAUAUUGCCACCAUUGGAUUAACUACUGACAAGGAAAAAGCAAAUGUGUACGCGUUAUACUCUGAUAUUGGACAGUCUAUUAGUGGACAAUUUAAUCUUGAUUAUUCAAUAAGAUUUUUAGGAAGCUUUUUUCAUAAUCACAUCUCUCAUAGGAUUCAUUUAGUUGCUCUCAUUUUGAUAGCCAUGAAGAAUAUCCAUCACCAAGAAAUGGCAUCUAAUUUGAACACCAAAAGCGUCACUUCCAGAGGUACGAUAGGGUCCGCUGAGGCUUCUUUUAAGAAGAAACUCUCUGUUAGUAUUCGAGAAACGACGUACUGGUUUAUUCCAGACAAAACAUUUAAUUCAAUUUCACGUAAUGACAAAAUUGUUCAGAAAGGACUGUUAAAAUUGGACACAAAUAAUGAAAGCCAGGUCUUGGAAACCAUUCUCAAAAGAUGCAGUCACAGAACAGAACAAUACAAACAUUACAAGCAAAGUAAUGAGGACAUUGUAUUUAGAUAUUCGUUCAUCAACACAUAUCCUCAGUUUGAGUGGCAUUCCUCUACAAGAUUAUAUCAACAGAUUAGAGCUCAAAGAUGUGAAAAAAAUGACGUACCAUAUUUUGUGCCAAAUUUCAUUGCUGGAAAGACAUAG